AUGCACAUUAACAUUUUGGUGGACAACAAAACAAAGUACAAAGCCAAACAUAACAAAACCAAAACUCAAAGAAAGAGGUUGUCAGAAUAUUCGUGUUUUGUCUACCUCAAAAAGCGGCUUUAAAUAUUCUAAAUAAAAAUAAAAACAACUGCCAUAUUAAAUACAUUUUACUUAUUAUAUUAGUUUUGUGUGUAACAAAUCCUUUAAAUUAGAAUCGCCCAAAUAAUGUCUGAAAAUCAGUCGGAAGUUAAUUCGAAUGAUAUCGGUGAUGCAUUUGUGACUGGAGGAUGUUAUACUGGCAUUAACAAGCUUAUAGCCCGUAUGCCCGCCGAGCGUCAUGCAGCAGAAUACAAUAUGAAGCACAAAAAUCGAGGCCAGGCGCUGAUAUUCAACCAUGAGAGCUUUGAAAUAACAUCGCUCAAAUCAAGGUCUGGAACCGAGGAGGACUGCAAGCGCUUGUAUGCUUCUUUGAAGAAUCUACACUUUGAAGUGCAUGUGCACAAGGAUAAAAAAUUGAAGGAAAUCGAAAAUAUUAUUAAAGAAGCUGCCCAACUUGACCAUACUGAUAGUGACUGUAUUCUAAUUGCUAUUUUAUCUCAUGGCGAAAUGGGAUACAUCUACGCCAAAGACACCCAAUACAAACUUGAUUCAAUCGCACACUGUUUUACGGCACAAAACUGCAAAACACUUGCCGGUAAGCCAAAGCUAUUCUUCAUCCAAGCUUGCCAAGGAGAUCGUUUGGAUUCUGGUAUAACGCUAGAAAAGACUGAAACUGAUGGUGAAUCUUCGAUGAGCUAUAGAAUUCCAGUGCAUGCUGAUUUUCUAAUUGCGUAUUCCACAAUUCCAGGAUUUUAUUCGUGGCGUAACACAACAAAAGGCUCCUGGUUCAUGCAAUCAUUAUGUAAAGAACUUGAUGAUAAUGGUAAAAACUACGAUAUUUUAACUCUGCUUACGUUUGUAUGCCAACGUGUUGCAUUUGAUUUUGAAUCAUGCACACCAGACUUGCCAAUGAUGCAUCAGCAAAAGCAGAUUCCUUGCACAACAACAAUGUUAACGAGAAUUCUUAAAUUUGCUGAUAAAAAAUAAGUAGUUUUUAAUAACUUUUUUUUUAUAUUUCUUAUCAUUUUUAAAUUUUAUUCGACACUUGAAAUCCAAACACUUUAAAAAAAUAUGUCGAUGUCAUUAAAAACAAAUCAAAUAUUAAUUAUAUUUUUUGUUAUUAAUUCGCAUUCCAUAAUUCCUUGAACUGUAAUGAAGAUAAUGACAAUUAAAGUAAUCAAGAAAAAACAAUGCUUUUUUAAAACAUACGAUAUAAUAAAAAAAAUUAUUGAGAGAGCAAUAAAGCCACUUUGAA